GGUUUACCGGGAAAAUCUGGUCAAGAUGGUUUACCUGGUCUUCCUGGCUCAAAGGGAGAACAAGGAGAAAGGGGAGAAGAUGGUAAAAUUGGCUCCAAGGGUGAAUCAGGCCCCCCUGGCCCCCCUGGCAUAGUGGGUGAGAGGGGUGAAGCUGGUCUUCCAGGCCCACCUGGUUUGCCAGGUCCAAGAGGAGAAAAAGGAAAUCAGGGUGAAAAAGGAAGAGCUGGGCUCUCUGGCUUCAAAGGUGAGAGAGGAGACAAGGGUGAAAUUGGUCCUCCUGGUCCCCCAGGUUUACCUGGAAAAGCUACCCUAUUUACACCACGGCCCAGUCUUCCUGGAGAACAAGGGCCAAAAGGUGAAAAAGGUGAUCGUGGAGAAAGAGGUGAACCCGGAGAACAAGGCGCUCCAGGAGAACAGGGUCCCAUUGGACCUGCUGGGCAACAGGGUUUGAAAGGGCAAGAAGGAACAGUAGGUCAACCUGGACCUCCAGGAGAAAUUGGUACCCCUGGACCUGCAGGACCCCCUGGACCACGCGGUUUGCCUGGAAAUGUGGGUAUACCAGGAGGCCCUGGUCAGCCAGGAAGUGAUGGACCAAAAGGAGAACAGGGAGAUCCUGGCAAGGAAGGAAAAGCAGGUCCACCUGGACCUCCAGGUGAACGAGGAGCUCUUGGAGAACCUGGAUUACCUGGAAAGGGUCGAGAUGGAGAAAGGGGUGAAAGAGGUCCACCAGGUUUACCUGGACCCUUUGGGCAUAAGGGAGAUCGAGGUGCCCCAGGUGUUCCAGGACAACCAGGAGACAGAGGAGUCCCAGGCAUUGGACUUUCAGGAUCACCAGGACCUGUGGGACCUCCGGGAGACAAAGGGCCACCGGGUCCCCGAGGUUUACCAGGUAUCCAAGGUCCCCCUGGGCAGACUGGCCAGGAUGGCUUACCAGGAAAUCCAGGGGAAAGAGGACCACCAGGAAAGCCAGGUUCCUCUCCUCUCCUUUCUCCUGAUGAUAUCAGUCUCUUAGUUAAGGAUGUUUGCAGUGAUUGUCCCCCUGGACCAUCUGGUCUCCCUGGAGUGCCAGGACAGAAGGGUGAUAAAGGUCCUCAAGGGCCACCUGGGAGUGAUGGCCCAGUUGGAAAGAGGGGAGAACCUGGACUCAGAGGUCCCCCUGGGCCUCCAGGGGUGGAAGGUCCCAAGGGUCCUAAAGGAGUUCAUGGGGCAUCUGGUGAGGCUGGACUGAAGGGUGAACAGGGUCAUCCUGGAAUACCUGGCUUCAUCGGUCCCCCUGGAAAUCCAGGCCCAGCUGGGCCAGAGGGCUCCCCGGGGCCUGCAGGACCUCCAGGAAGUCCAGGAGAAAAGGGGAAGGAAGGUGUCCCAGGACCUCAAGGACCCCCAGGAUUGCCUGGACUUAUGGGUUUGUCUGGAACAGAUGGCAAAGAUGGCAAGCCAGGAUCACCUGGGGAACCAGGUAAGCCAGGAGAACCUGGGCUACCAGGCCAAGAGGGUGCUAGAGGACUACCGGGUUUUAAGGGUCCGAGAGGAGAUGUAGGGAGUCCUGGCAUGAGAGGAGGACCAGGUCAACCUGGAACUCCAGGCCGGGAGGGGCAAUCAGGAAAAGAUGGAGAUCCAGGGCCUACAGGACCACAAGGCCCUCGAGGACUUCGAGGAGUAGCAGGCAAGACUGGACCUCCAGGUGCCCCUGGGGAACGUGGUUUUGCAGGUAACCCA